UUGUCUUGCAGAAGAUGAAGCCCAUCGUCCAAAGAAGGCGCUCUACCUCAUCUGCCAUUACUAAAGCUCUUGGCAAAUCWAAGUCCCAUUCCAGGGAAACUACUCUUUCCUCUUCCCAUUCAGACAAUGGGCUGCCAAGUGGGGUGUUCAGCAGCCCAGGCUCCACCUUCAUCCUGGACGAGCGAGUACAGCUAACCGUGGGCCUGCAGACCCAGGAAAGACAUCUGAUUUUGUUCAGUGAUGUGCUGGUCAUUGCCAAGUCCAAAUCCUCCUCCAGCCUGAAGCUGAAAAAGCAAGUCCAUCUGAGYGAAGUGUGGACCGGCACCUGUCUCAGUGAAGUGACGGAGAAAAAGAUGAGUCCCGAGAAUUCAUUUGUCAUCGGCUGGCCUACCACCAACUAUGUUGUCACCUUCAGCUCAGCUGAUGUGAAGGAACGAUGGCUGUCAGCRUUACUGUGGCAUAUCAAUGAUGUAAAACAAAAUGAAUACCCAAAGGAGCUGACCCUUCAGAUCUUCGUCCUGGAUGAAGACAACUCCUCUUCUACCACUGCAGUCAACGUGUCCAAUGUGGAAACUGCAGAGAGUGUGAUGAAGAAGGCCCUUGUGCAGCUUGGGCUCCCUGACAGGACCAGUGAACACCACCUGUGGGUGGUCUCAGGAAAAGAUGAGCCUGCUUACCCWCUCAUUGGGCACGAGCAUCCCUUCAGCAUCGCCUUGAGCUGUCUCCGGGACUCUCCUGACCAGCAACAAAGAACCAACAACAACACUCUCCUGGCUGAUGGGACAGAGGCUUCCUUCCUUGCUCAGCUCCCAAAGGAAAAGCAGUGUCAGUUUGUCCUGAAACCCARGCUCCAAGCUCCGAUGCAGCUGAGGAGAGAGCCGCUGCAGAAGCACACCAAGAGGAAGAAGUCGCUGAUUGACUGGGCCCUGCGCCGCAGCACCAGCACCCCCACGGGCAGCCCUCCCUCACAGUCACCCACCACACCACGGAAACUCUUUGGCCUGUCCCUGUCCUCUGUCUGCCCUGAUGGAAUCCUUCCCAAGCCAAUCAUGGAUAUGCUGCUCCUGUUGUACCAUGAAGGUCCCUCCACUAGGGGCAUUUUCAGACGUUCUGCCAAUGCCAAGACUUGCAAGGAACUGAAAGAGAAGCUGAACUCUGGAGAUGAUGUUCAGGUGGAUGGAGAGUCAGUCUUUGUGGCUGCAGCUGUCAUCACGGAUUUUCUCCGAAAUAUACCUGACAGUGUUCUAUCCUCAGACAUGCACGGACUGUGGAUGGAAGCUGUGGACACAGAAAAUCGGGCACAUAAGAUUGAAGCUAUCAAAAGUCUCGUCAACCAGCUUCCAGAGGCCAACCUCAUCUUACUCAGACACCUCUUUGGAGUCCUCCACCACAUUGAGCAGAAUUCKGGGGUGAAUCAGAUGAAUGCCUUUAACCUGGCCCUUUGCAUAGCACCCAAUAUGCUGUGGCUGCCAAGUCCCACYGGGCCUGAAGAGGAGAGCCGCUCUACAAAGAAGGUGGCCUUGUUAGUGCAGUUCCUGAUUGAAAAUUCAGGAGAGAUUUUUGGGGGUGAUAUUGCUUCCUUGUUCCAAAGACCUGACAAAAAGAAGUCCAAAAACUCAGCAGAAUCUCUGGACAUAGGCUUGGCUCAGCAAGACGAUUCCUCUGACGAGCUGGAGUUUUCCACGUGCGAUCCAGAAGACCCAAAGCACCACCUGGAGCCCGAGACAGAUGCCAUUUUUGAAACACCCGGCAGCUUGUUCCUUGACGAGGAUCAGGAAGACUGGGACCUGUUCAGCGAGAUCACAGCCUGCUACCAAAGCAAAGCGCGGACCGCCGCCAGCGCGGACAGCUACGAGCUGCUGGAGGAGGACGGCUCCUUCUGCUCCCUGGGCUCCAUCCGCUCGCUCAGCCCAGCCCGGGAUCGCUGCUCCUCGGAGCCCAGCGUGUGCCUCAGCUCCCAGCUGCCAGCACAGAGCCACGAGCCGGUGGCCCGCCAGUCCAGCUGCGAUGCCACCAUCAUGAGCGGCCACACUGACUACAUGCACAGGCUCAGGCAGCUGCAGAUGGAGAGCCAGAAGCUGAUYGAUGAAGGGUUAAGUCCUGGGGUUAAUAAGGCCAGGCAGAACUUGUGGCAAUCGCCUCAGACCGGCYCCAGGGUGAAGCAGCUCAGCCUUCAGAAGUCCAGCCUGUCCAACAGGUCCAGCUUCUCCAGCCUGUCCUCUACCACCACCUCCCCAUCUGCCUCCUCACUCAGCUCCUUAGACAGUGCCUUCUCCUACUGCUCAGAGUCAUCAGCCAUUAGCCCCACGGAUGUCUCAUCCCUGCCAUUCAUGUUUGGCACUUCUGCCAGGCUUCGUGCUGUGUCUCCCACGGCUGCCAAGAGGUACCAGAAAGAGUGGCACAAAUCCUUCCCAUCUCCUGUGCCUUUACACCCCUGCAAUCUGGACAGUUUUCACGAGGAUGAGCCCAAGGCUGGGGAGAGCAGUCAUUGCUUUGGAGAGCAGAAAAGUUUUCCAUGUGCCAGCAGAGCUGCCGUGGGAAGCCCAAUCACUGACAUUGACUGGGAAGAAAAGGAGAGGCAGCUGAGCUGUGCAGGGUGCCCUGGCCCAGGGCUCAGGAGCCAGGAUUUUACCAAAGAAUCUAAACAAAGCCCUGAGCUCCCAGCUGCCAGCCCAUCCAGUGAGACAUCGCCACAGGUCAGCCACCAGCAGCACAGGGAGAAGACAGUGAAGAACAUAGAAAUYAAAAGUGUGGAUGGCUGCCCUCUGAGCCCCGAAGGCCUGAAGCGCACCAAGAUAACUUUUUAUGUGGCCCCAAAUAAAGAAAGCCCCUGGGGGUCUCAAGUGGGAGAAGAUGAACAAUGUGUGGCAAACACCAGCAGCACAGACUCGCCCAGCAGCAGCAGCAGCGAGCAGAGCUUGUCCAAGAGCCUGCAGACUGUGAGAGUCCACAUCCCCCAGACCGUUUUCUAUGGGCAGAACACUCCCCUGGUCCUGCAGUCCAUCUCCAGGCGCCACCACCGUGACCCCACGGUCCCAUCCCUGCAGGCUGAGCACAGAGAGAGCCCCCAGAGCGCCUCAGCUCCCGAGGAGCUGGAGGGACAGCCAGAGGAGAUGGCGCAGGCGCCAACCCAGAGCAAGGGCUUUGAGACUUUGAGCCACACCAUCCGCAUCAUCCUCCCCAACUCCAUCCGAAACACCAUCAAGGAGUAUUUCAGGCACGAUGAGACCCAGCCCUGCCCCACAGCCACGGUGGAAGCAGUGGAGAAUGAACUCCUCCGGAGCAGGGUGGGGUGGCUCAGGAGCCAGCCCCUGGCAGAGGUGGCCGCAGAGGAGUGUGACAAAGCCGUGUUUGCAGAAGAGACAUUUGUCUAAGGCCAUGGAGGGGGAGGAACUAAAUAAUUUUUUUUGUGUAUGUGCAGCAGAAAAUAUUCUGUAAUAUAUGAUCAGGGUGUGAAGAAUUUAGCAGGCUGCAUGGGGCAACAAGUGUAAAGUGAAUCUAAUUUGUAUGUAAUGGUGGGGUUCAAUAUUCAUUUUGGGGGGUGGGGGGGAGCUGUUCUUGUGUUUUCUUUAUGCCCUUUUCUGAUGGAAGAGGCUUCACUGACUGGGGGUGUGGUGGACUAAAUACCACCAGGCUCUCUCUGUCCAUGGAUCAGCUGACCUGUACAGGCUCUGACUCCAUUUUUUUUAUAGCAGGAAAAGAGAAAUGUUGCUUUAUUUUCUCCAGUCAGCUGCUGCUGURUGUGGAUGACUGGACAACUGGGACAGCUAAUGCUCCAUCAGAAUUAGUUUAAAAUCUUUACACUUGCACAAAACCCACCAUUAUUCACUGCUCACCACCACUCAUCCAAAGGAAGAUCCUUCACCUCCAUUCCAGAAAUCACUGCUGCUUCACUCUGCUCGGCUGCUGUCCACUGUGGUCUAGCUCAAAGCCCACAUCCAUUACCCAGUUGAGGCUGGGCUCCAAAAUCAGCAGCUAGAGCCCAGCAUCCACUGACAGUAUAUGUAACAUUUUAAGCCCAAGAUUGCUUUUUUCUAGAAUUAAUUGUGCAGUGAUUCUUUCUUCUCAUCCCUUCCCCCAAGUUAGCAUUUGACAGAGACACAGCUGCUAUAAAGGAUUUUUAGCACUGUCACUUUGACAGGGCUAUGAAUGUUCUUCAGUGUCCUCUGGRAGUCGCUCAGCAGACAGGAGUUUGAGUCCUAGUGAAAGAUGACAAUUUUCUGUCAAUGCCCCUUCCUAGAGGCGGUGUGGGUGAGGGAACUCAUCAAAUUCCUAGUCAUGCUGAGAGGGUCUUGAACAGAGUUUGGUUUUAGCACGAGGUGAAGGAGUUGUGGAAGUUGUGGAAUGUUGUGGAGUAGAGGCUGAAGCAAAGUCCCAUCAGUCCAUACCCUGGAACUGCCCAGGCUCCAUCACUGAUGCUGGCUCAGAGAAACACGGAGCUCUCACACAGCACAGGAUGUGUUCUGGUGUGCUCCAGCAGMAUUGGGUUUGGGGAAAUACCAGCCAGGGAUGCUCUAAGCAGGCUGCUGGCAAGGACCACCAAAGAGAUGCAGCCAGUGGGCUCCUGRAGCAUCCCUGAGUCCACUCAGAGCCAUGCUCAGGCCACAGACAUAAUGGGAUUUGUUAGAGAGUUGUAACGCUGCCAGCUGAGUUCUAAAAAGGUGCUGAGAGCACCACAUUAGUGGUGGUGACACCACAUCAGUGUCUCAGGUUUUAAGAAAAUGAUGGGAAAAGUCUCAAAAGUUAAAAGGUUUGGGAUAGUUAAUUUGAAAGUUACAUGGGAGUUUUCUAUGAUGGCAUCUGUGAUAGAGACAAUACUUUUACAGUGAACAGAGAGUGGGUGAAGGAGAAGAGAAAAAGAGGAAUCCUAAUGACUGAAGGGGAAUGUGAAACAAGUACUCCUGCAAGCUGCUGAGUGUCUGCAAAUAGCCAGAGCUGGGGCUGMAUGACAGCUGCCAUGGUUCAGUCCUUGCACACAGGGGAAAGCCACCUCUGUGAAAUUAUCCAAUGUCAGAUCCCUCCACUCAUCCACCAGGUGCCUGUGAGGAUCAGUGACAGGAACUGGCCCAGCACUCCACAUUCACACUAUCAAAUACUGGGGUAAGGGAAGCCCAGAGCCCACUUUCCAAGGUGUAUAGAGUUUGUUUUGUUAGAUGCAGGGUGUUUAGCUCUCAGAUGUGGCACUCUCUGUCCCAGAUCACCUUUGUGACCCUUUGUAUAAUGAAAGGUGUAUAUAAUCAUAACACAACCCCACCACCACUGUGAUUUUCCUCACACAUGAACAGCAACAAGGCAUCCACGGUCUUUUUUUUCCCAGAGCUACAGUUGUAACUGUUUUAAUAAAAGACACACAAGUUGU